CGACACUGGGAGUAGAGAACUGGUUCUUGCAACAAAUAUAUCACGCCAGUCACUUUUUAUCGCCUGGCGUUUCGGUUAUGCAUGGCUUGAGGCUUCUCUCGGUACAUCACUUGGGCCCGUUCCUGAACAAAAAAGGGAUUCAAUAAAACGAGCCGUUCAUACUUUCAUCUCCAGCGUUCAUUGUACGUGCGAAGGUCUAGCACCGCCUGAUCCGAACCCAGCCACGAAUCACAUGUGCAUCGCAGUUGCCGGCGGAAGACAACCAUAUAAGGUAAUCUGGUGUUCCGCCCGACCGACACACCGACCGAACAGCCGAGUCGAUGGAAGAGAAGGGCCAAAGUUCUCGCCCCAAGCGUCCGCUUCCCGACGACGAAACCGACCCUUCCCCGCCGCAGAGGAGGGUGAGGUUUCCGAAGGGGAAGAAGGCGAAGAAGGGCAACGACCUUUCGUUAGGCGGUGAUGGAGACGAGGAGGAUUUCCAGCUGAGGUUGGCCCCCCAGCUCGCCGCCAAGGAGCGCGCCAAGCGCCGGAACCAGUUGAGAGAGGAGGAGCUGUUCCGAGAUCAGGCGGACAUCACCUCUGCCGAGGUUCACUAUGAGGAUAAUUCGAAUUUUGAGGAGGAUGGUAUUCGAAUAGAACCGUUUAAUUUGAAACAAGAAAGAGAAGAGGGAUACUUUGACGAAAGUGGAAAUUUUGUUGAAUAUGCAAGUCAGCAUGAAAUUAAGGAUGCGUGGCUGGAUAAUGUUGAAGUUGAUGGUAGAUUUGCAGAGAAGCAUCAGGAGAAAGUAACUGCAGAAGAGGACUAUCAGGACCUUUCUUCAGAGGAUAUAGGGAAGAUUAAGAGGAAUAUUGCAAAUUUACUUCAGCCAGGAGAAACGAUCAUUCAAGCUUUAAAAAGGCUAAAAGGGACUUCCAGUGGAGGAAAGAUGUCAGCAGCCGUAAAACAUAUGUUUGAUCAACUCACUGAAGAUGCCAUGAAACUUAUGGAGAAUGGUGAAUACAAUGUUUACCAUGAGGAACGUGAAAUUUUUCAGCGGGAGGCAGAAGGAUAUGAGCGCUUAGCUCGUGCGAAGAACAGCACUUUAGGAAGUGCAGAUAUUGGAAAUUCCAAUGCCAAGAACAGGGAAGAUAUUUUUUCGGAUGGUAUGGGACAUGGAACACAUAAUUCUUUGAUAUGGGACAUGGAGCCUGGUCCGUCUGAAGCAAAUGCCUCAACUCUACAAGUCUCAUCUAAUGACGUCGGGGACAAAUUUGACAUGUUUGCGGACGAUGAUGAAAAUGGUGAUGAAAAUCUUAGGUCUGAUGGCAGUGCUGUGGGUUCAGGUUCUACUUCUGAACCAGUUCUCCAACCUACUUCUGGAAGCUUAGAUUCAAAUGGCUUAGAUUCUCAAGAAGCUGCUGAUGGAGGACUGAGGUCAGAUUAUGUAUAUGAUCCGUCAUCAGGCUAUUACUAUAGCAGCAGCUUGGGCUAUUAUUAUGACCCUGCAUCAGGACUCUAUUGCUGUGCUGCAUCAGGAACAUGGACUGCGUGUUGUAAGGGAGGAGGCAGGCUGUGGAUUUUAGGGUGGAUCCUUCAUAUAUCCACCCUUGCUAACUCAAAUAAUUCAAAAGUGAAACUUCCCUUCCAAAUUCUGUGUUCUUUGUUCAGCACUUUGUCAGGCAAGCUACGAGUGAAUUUCCCUGGACAAACAUAAGAAUUGCCUCUGAAUCCUUUUCCACCAAGGGCAUCCCAUCUUCCACCAGGGUACCAUAUACAUCUAGCAUGCAUCCUUAGAUCACAUCAUCUGGUUUAUGUUUAGAACUCAUGGCACAUAUGAUUUUUAUUUAUUGUGGUGGAGUAAAGGAUAUUGCUAGAUAUCCAAGGUUAAACUAUCACAUUCUAGGUUUCAGGGUAAAGAUGAAGCUUAAGAAAUGUUCAGAGUUAAGAGGAUAUUCAUCAUGGAAAUUAUAAUAUAGAGUGAAAGAAUGAGUGGGGAACAACCAUCAUAUAGUAAAGUAGGAUUUUCUAGGCAAAGAUGUUGCUAGUGAGCAUCCAGUCUCCAAUGUAAUUGCCAUCACUGAAUUCACGUGUCGGUUGUUUGAAUCAGAUAAAGCUAGAAAUGCAUAGGCGAGAUUUUCUGUUGUGGAGGGAAAAGAUGGAAUUAUACAUGUUGAUAUAUCCAAAAACAUAUCUUAGAAGUGAUAUUGGAACUGAUAAGUAGGAUUAUCAGUGUAUGGUCAUAGGCCAAUGUCUAGGUCUGAAGUCCAAUAAUAUCUAAAUUCUGUAAUUGAAUUCGAGUCAUUACUAGUUCUGUAUCCACAUUCUAUGAAAACCCGGCCAGAUAUUUGGUGAAUUUUUUGAUUUUAAUAUCAUGUUUUCACACCUAAAAUUUAAACGAGAAAUAAUAUACAUUUGAAUCGAGACGAUUCUGGAUUUGAAUUGAAUGUUAUUAAAACUGUUGGCUUAUAACAUGUUCAGAUCUGAACCUAUAUCUCAGAUGAUUCUUGGUCGCAUGCCCGAAUCUUGCAUUCCUUGAUCAUAUUUGGUUUUUUGAGAAGGAGAUGUUUUUAUUUGAUAUCCUUUGUUACCAGAACCAAACAUUUGGCAUACCCAAAAAUAAGACCUCUCUGGAUCCAAGAUAAUCUUCAGCAAUGAAACUGAUAUAUCUGUGUGGUACUUCUAGUAAUCAGUUAUUCUUAUCAUUGAUAUGGAAGAUUUAUUUCUUUUCUUAUGGAUCCUUACAUAAUGGAAUUUCUUGAAUGAGGACAAGAUACAAGGAAAUUUCAAUGAUUGAAGGUGCUUCUUAUCCUCUGGGAACCCCUACAAAGAAUUGAUGUUGCAAGAUAUCAGGAGUUUUUGCUAUUUUGGUUAAUGUGAUUUGCAUCCUUUGGAAGAGCCAUACAAGUUGCCUCGCAAUGAUUGUAGUAUAUUCAAUCUUGUGUAAGGUAAGAAAAUUGCCAACCUUUUCUUUUGAGUGAAAAAGGAAGAAGUUUGCCAAUUUGGGGUUGAUUUGUUUUCAUCCACAAGAGAAUACUGCAUCCAGUGUCUCAUGUCUACCAGAGGAGUCUUGUGAUGGACAGAAGUUAAGAGGGACUAAAUAUUGUAGGGAUGGUAACAUACUUCAUUAAGGUAAGGUGAGAACAUGUUGGGCGUGUAAUCCUGCAUGAAGAAAUGGUCAAUACUCUGUUUCCAAUUCAAAGUUUACUUUCCAUCAGUGGAAAAUGCAGUAUAAAUGAUGGUGUGCAUUGGGAGUUAUGUGGAAGCAAAUAGUCUGAUCUCAAAUGAUUAGCUAGAGAAGAUAAUGACAGAGAUUGCUUGUAAAUUUGUAAAAAUUAAGGUUCUACCGUCCUCCUUCCAAAGAUGUUCUUCUGUAUAAUGGUUUCACUUUGUGCAUUGAUUUUU